UACUACUAAACGCUUUUAAAGUUAAACCACUGAUUCGAGUUUUUAGCCACUAGAGAUAAGAAGAAGGUAACAACACAUCACUGAGUUCGAUUGAAAACAAUGAGACAAAUCCUGGGCUGAGUAGUGGAGACGGUGGUGCUGAUUCAGAGAGUGGGACAUUGGGGACAGGACAUUCUGAAGGUUUCAGAUUUGCAGUAAGUAAGAAGAAAUAAGAAAACAGCUCAUCUUCUUUUGAUUCUCUCUGUUUUUUUUACUUCUUUUGUUGGAUUGUUGUUUUGUUUUUUGUCUGAUUUUCUCCGUGGAGUCGAGUUCUCUGUCUAUAAACAAGCAGCAAUUUAGCUUACACUUGUUUUCCACUGUCUUUGUUUUUUUUCUCUCCACCAAAGCCAAGUCUUAAUGCUCUCGUGGUGACUACAAUCAGAUUUGAUUUGCGAGAAGAAGAGAGCAGACCAAUCUUCAGAAACCUCUUUCUUGUUUUUUUUUAAAAAGGAGAAAUGAAGUUUAUGAAACUUGGAACCAAACCGGAUUCAUUUCAGUCUGAUGAAGAUUGCAUAAGGUAUGUAGCAUCUGAUUUAGCAACCGAUGUAGUUGUCAACGUUGUAGAUGUGAAAUUCUAUCUUCACAAGUUUCCUCUGCUCUCAAAAAGCGCUCGUCUUCAGAAACUGAUAGCUGCAACGGUCGACGAACAAUCAGACGCUGCUGAGAUAAACAUACCCGAUAUUCCAGGAGGCCCUCCAGCGUUUGAGAUGUGCGCCAAGUUCUGUUACGGUAUGACCGUAACACUCAGCGCUUACAAUGUCGUAGCUGCUCGUUGCGCUGCUGAGUAUCUCGAGAUGUAUGAAUCUACCGAGAGCGGCAAUCUUGUUUACAAGAUCGAGUUUUUCUUGAGCUCGAGUGUUUUGAGAAGCUGGAAAGACUCCAUCACUGUUCUCCAGACGACAAGAACGUUACAUCCGUGGUCCGAAGAUGUGAAGAAGAUCGAUGAGAGAUGUUUGGAAUCAAUCGCUUCGAAGGCUGCAGCGGAACCAGCGAGAGUAGAUUGGUCUUAUACGUAUAACAGAAGAAAAGUUAGCAACGACAAUGGUGUGGCUAGAGAUUGGUGGGUGGAGGAUCUCGCCGAGCUUAGCAUUGAUUUAUACAAAAGAGUUGUUUCUACGAUCAGAAGGAAAGGCGGUGUUUCGCCUGAGGUUAUAGGAGAAGCUCUUGAGGUAUAUGCUGCCAAGAGAAUACAAAUAGAUGAUGAUGAUGAUGUGGACGAACAGAGGUGUUUGUUGGAGACAUUGGUCUCGUUGUUGCCUAGUGAGAAACAGAGUGUUUCUUGUGGGUUCUUGAUCAAGCUGUUGAAAUCAUCGGUUUCUCUGGAAGACGUGAGGAGAAAGUUAAGUAGGAGAAUAGGAGAGAAGCUAGAGGAAGCAAGUGUGGAUGAUCUCUUGAUCAGAGCUUCUUCAGAAGGAUGUGAAACGGUCUAUAACAUUGACAUUGUUGAGACUUUAAUCGAUGAGUUUAUUACACAAACAAAGAAAAGAGAUGAGCUUGUUUGUUCAGACAUGUCUGUUUCAGACAGCUCGAAAUCAAUUGUCGCCAAGCUAAUGGAUGGAUACUUAGCUGAGAUCUCGAGAAUCGAACCAAAUUUCUCUACUUCAAAGUUCAUUGCAAUAGCAGAGAAGGUUUCUUGUUUCCCAAGAUCAUCACACGAUGGAGUUUAUCGUGCCAUUGACAUGUUCUUGAAGCAACAUCCAGGAAUAUCAAAGAGUGAGAAGAAAUCGAUAUGUCGAUUAAUGGACUGCCGGAAACUAUCACAGGAGGCAUGUGCUCACGCCGUGCAAAACGAGCGGUUACCUUUACGUGUCGUUGUGCAGAUACUCUUCUUCGAGCAGGUUCGCCCCACCGCUAAACCUUUGCUUCCACCGAGCACCUCUCACGGGAGCUCGAGGAAGACGACGGAAGAAGAAGAGUGUGACUCAGUAACAGCCACGGAGGAGACGACGAGAGACAAGACGAGUAGUUCUGAGAAGACCAAGGCUAAAGGAGUUGUGAUGUCACGGAUUUUCUCGAAGCUUUGGGCUGGUAAAGACAGAGAUGGGGUCGGAGAUGUUAGUCGCUCGGAUACUAGUGAAAGUCCUGGCUCAGCCACCACCACCGUCGAUGAUAAAUCGACACCGUCCACCCGCCGGAGAAGAUCACCCUCUUGACUUUAGACUAUUUUCGGGUUAUUGUUUCUUUCUUGAUUAGGGCAAUAGUUUAAGCUAACUUGCUUUUAGAUCAAACUUGGGCUAUCAUAUAAGUUUUUUUUUUGGUGAUAAUACGCAUAGCCCUAACUUUUUGGUUUAUGUAACCGUUACAAUUUUGUGAAACCUAAAUUCUAAUGUUUCCUUAGUUA